GCCAGAGCUCUCUCACUUUCCUCUCCUUGUUUUGCUUUCGAUCUGGAGCCGUCACUUUUAGUUUUGAUCCUGCGAUCAUUUACUGCUGGAGAAGAAGAUAUUUCAGAUACCUUGGAUGCAUGCUGCACGUCAUGGGUGGGAUGUUGAAAAGGACGCACCUUUAUUUAGAAACUGGGCUAUUCAUACAGGAAAGUAUCAGCCUGGAAUUGACAAGCCUGACCCCAAGACAUGGAAGGCAAACUUCAGAUGUGCAAUGAACUCUCUGCCGGAUAUUGAAGAAGUUAAAGACAAAAGUAUGAAGAAAGGAAACAAUGCAUUUAGGGUAUAUAGGAUGAUUCCUGUAGCAGAAAGACCUUCCAAAAGAGGGAAAAGAACAAAGUCAGAAAAAGAAGAUAAAAUCAAACAGGAAAAGGAUGAAUCUAGUCCGGCACAUAUGUCUUUAAUGAAUGGAUCUUGUACGAUAUCUACACAGAUUGCUGACUUUUAUCCAACAGUAAAACAGGAAGUUGACAGUACUAUAAACAUUGUAGUUGUGGGUGAUGAUAUGUUUAGCACUGUUACAGUGGACGAAAUGAUAGUUUCAAAUCCCCCCGAUGUUUGUCAAGUUGUAGAGGUAACAACUGAAAAUGAUGACCAACCAGUCAUUCGGGCACAGCAUUACCCUCUUCAGAUCUCUCCAGUUUCAUCAUAUGCAGAAAGUGAAACGGACAGCGUUCCCAGUGAUGAAGAAGGCGUGAGUCGACCUUCUCAAAAGGACAUUGAUGGGAAAGAGUGUAAAAGAACAUCAAGCCCAAGAGCAACCUACAGCUUACCUGGAAUGGCAACAUUUGUUUCCAACAAACCAGACCUCCAGGUAACCAUCAAAGAAGAGAAAUGCCCUAUGCCUUACAACAGCUCUUGGCCAAUAUUCCCAGAAAGCACGUCUUAUACCCAGAUGGCCACUUCUACAAUAAGCAGCACGAGAAACGACCAUGAACUCAGAGCUACUGUCAUUAAGAAAACAUCAGAUGUCACCCAAUCAAGACUAAAAACAUGCUAAUAGUUUACAACUUAGUGUGUGGAUUUGGGUGAUAAAUGAGUAUGUGGUACCAUCUAAUUUAAAUUACAGUUGUCUUCUGUCAAGAUGGUGAUUUUAUGCAUGUUCAACAAUGCUUUGAAAAUCUCCGUAGCCAGAGAGAACUCUACUCAGGAUUCAGGGCCUGGAGAGCCAACAAUGAAAGGAGGACUGUGGCAGUAAUGGACUAUGCUGUUAAGGAACUUGACAAGGCCUUUGUAUGGACACAAAUGUGAAACUGCUAGAUUAUUAUAAUUUUGUAAAAUGAAAUCUAUAUUGUAAAUAUGUACAUUUUAUACUAUAGUUCUAGCAAACUUGCAGUCUGCUUGUGCACCUUACAAAACAAGCACUUAAACACAAACAAGGCCUUCUGUUUUACUGCUGUAAAUUAUGUAAUCUAGGCCAUACAUGUAAAGCCCUGUUUUCUGGAAACUUUCUGUUGAGGGAAAUGGAAGCUCAUAUCUAGACAAAUUAUAAGGUUCUAUGGCAGUGAAUAGGUUUAUAUAAAGUAAAUAAAUCAUCUCCAAUGAAAUUCAAAUUUUAUAUAUAUAUAUAUAUAUAUAUAUAUAUAUAUAUAUAUAUAUAUAUACACACACACACAUACAUACAUACAUACAUACAUACAUACAUACAUACAUCCUUAUUACAUAGAACUUGCAUUCUGCAGCUUUCAUAAAACCAUCUCCUGGGGUACUCUUAGAAGUAUAUACACAAUUGUCUCACCUUUUCAAAGGCACUCUCCGAUUAAUUACCAUAUUAUUUAUUCAUAGUGAUAUUAUGUCUGAUGAAGGGGCACCACCCCAAAACAUCACUGUUAAUAAAUAAUACGGUCAUUAAUCAGAGAGUGCCUUUGACAAGGUGAGAUGAUUGUGUGUGUGUAUGUAUGUAUGUAUAUAUGUAUGUGUGUGGGUGUAUUUAUAUAUAUAUAUAUAUAUAUAUAUAUGUAUAUAUACACAGAGAGAGAGAAGUACACUCACAGGAACGAACAGCCAGCUCAAUACCAUUGUUAGCCUGUUCUAUGGCGAUUUACCACCUGGGUGCAACUUCUUAUAUAUAUAUAUAUAUAUAUGUAUGUGUGUGUAUAUAUAUAUAUAUAUAUAUAUAUAUAUGUGUAUGUAUAUAUAUAUAUAUAUAUAUGUGUGUGUAUAUAUAUAUAUAUAUAUAUGUGUGUGUAUAUAUAUAUAUAUAUAUAUAUAUAUAUAUAUAUAAUAAUUUACAUCUAUAUAUAAUCUAUGCUCAUGUUUUGAGGUACAGUACAAAUUUUUAUCCAUUCAGUGUUCUUUCAUUUUAAGCAUUGAAAACUUACUGAUGUAUGAUAUGCAAACACUUAAACAAAAGAAAAAAGUAAGGAAAAAAUGACUAAGCUUUCCCAAUGCAAGCUUUUUUUAUUUUUUUACAAAGGGGAUAUUUUAUUUGCAGUAAAAUCCAAAGUGAACAUAAUUGUUUUCUAUCUUUUUAUACAACAGAUUUUAUUUUAUAAUUCAGUUUUCUGUUUGUUGGCAAGAAAGAAAAAAUGUAGAGUCACAUUUUCUUUAUUCUUUUGUUUCCUAACAUGAAACUGAUAUAUUGAUCUAUAAUGUAGAAAACAAAUUAUCCUGUGGAUUCAUAAAAAUAAACUGUAAUUAAAUUUUA